CUCUUACGAGAAUGGCUCUGAAAAGCGGGAAGUCCGUAGGGACUCAUGACUCAAGCCAAUCUUUGGCUCAGUUUAUUCCCUUUCUCACUGAAGGCCUUUGCAGGAGGUGCGCAGAGAUUUUGUCAGAUCGUAUUCGUCAGUUGGCUUCUGGGAAAUUGGAUCAAGAUUCAUUAUCAAAUGGACAUUUUUGUAAGGAUCAGAGGUACUUAGUUGCAGCUUCUUCAAGUUUGACUUUGUUGGAUAGGAACUCCAAUAGCCAGUCAAAUGGGAACUUUAGGAAAUCAUACAAAAGCUCAACCAACACAUCUGGUUCUAGGGUUCCUACACCCUCAGGAGAAGCCUCUCUUUCCUCCUUAGAAGGUACCAACUAUAGGGACCAUCGGGUUGCUCAUUGGCGAGGAACGAGGCGUAGAAAUGGCAUGUUUCCCAGACAGAGGAAUUUGAUGAAAGCUCAACCAACACAUCUGGAUAGAAGUGGGCAGUCCCAGACAAAGGAAUUUGAUGAAUCACUCAACUCUGAAGUUCAAAACAAGAGUUCAUUGAUGAGAGAUGAGAGAGAGUGGAUUCGAUUUACGCAAGUGGUAAGGAAAAAGGACUAUAUAUCCUUGGAAAGGAUCAAUGGGAAACUGGUUAACAUUGUCAAGGGACUGGAGCUGCACACUUGUGUUUUCAACGCUACUGAACAGAAGACCAUUGUUGAUUAUGUUUACAGCCUUCAAGAGAUGGGGAGGAAAAAUGAACUAAGGGAGCGAACUUAUUCACAACCACGGAAAUGGAUGCGUGGGAAGGGGCGUGUGACCAUGCAAUUUGGUUGCUGCUACAAUUAUGCAGUGGAUAAGAAUGGGAACCCACCAGGCAUCAUUCGUAACGAGGAAGUGGACCCCAUUCCUCCCCUCUUCAAAACAAUGAUCAAAACAAUGGUCAGGUGGCAUGUCCUUCCUACGGAUUGUAUUCCCAACAGCUGCAUCGUUAACAUCUACGAAGAAGGAGAUUGUAUACCACCCCAUAUUGACCACCAUGACUUUGUCCGCCCUUUUUGCACGGUGUCAUUCCUCAGUGAAUGCAACAUAGUUUUUGGUGCUAACCUGAAAAUUGUGGGACCAGGAGAUUUUGCUGGUUCAUUUUCGAUCCCUUUGCCUGUCGGAUCAGUGCUCAUCUUGAAUGGCAACAGUGCUGAUGUGGCCAAGCACUCUGUUCCGGGUGUUCUGGCAAAGAGGAUCUCAAUAACUUUCAGAAAGAUGGAUCCCUGGAAGAUCCCCAACAAUUUUUCCUCUGAUCCGGACCUUUGCAAUAUACAGCCACUUCAUUAGUGGUUACACACGGUCUUCUGUAUCAUUAUUUUAUUGUAACCUAAGCUGACUAGCCUUUGGCCAUAUCUUUGCCAAAGGAGUAGAAAAGGUUGGAACUUGAUUGUGAAGAGGAGGGAGAUUGGGAAAAAUUGAAUAGAAAAGGCAAAAAAACAAGGUUUUGAUGAACCGGGGAAUAUGUACUGUCAUCGUAACAAAGAAAGUGCUAACCAUUAGCCACAAUGAAGGAAAAUAAUUAGUGGCAUUAGGAGAUUGUUUUAUUUCCACUAGUGGCAUUAGGAGAUUGUUUUAUUAGCCACAAUGAAGAAAAAUAAUUAGUGGCAUUAGGAGACUUGGGGUGGGAUGUGACUCUAGAAAUGAGCUCCUGAGAUCUGAAUAAGUUUGUGGAUGAUAGAAGAGCCAAAGUUUUCUUUAAAGGGCGGAGAAAGUGUUGUGGUCCCUCUAUAUUGAUAAGGGGUUUUCUUGUUUUCCAGAAGCUGACAUCUAUUGCAUAUUUGUCUUUAUGAGUUGUGACUGGUGAUUUUUUCUGUGGUAUGAGAAGAGUCGCACUGUCUGCCACUGAUUAGCAUCUCGUGAGGUCUCCAUGGGUCUUUCAAGCGAGAUAAAACUGGAAGGUUUAUUAGAUCUCAUCGGAAAAAAGGGGGCAUGGAAUGGAUGAAUAGACUGCUGUUUAAGCUUCAUGAGCAGUGUACAAAUUCAGGUCAUUGGUGAGAAAACAUACUUUCGGAAAGGUCUAUGGUUGGGAUACACGACAUUAAAAAAGAAUACUCUAUGCUGAGCAUGGUGGCUUCAAGGCCUGAAGUUAGAGGGGCAGAGGUGGUGGAAGAGAGGGGCUGCAAGCUAUUUGAAUCCCUUGCUUCAGAAGGGCAUCAAAGGACAAUGAAAUAGAGGCAUGUCAAAAGCUACAACAUGAGCUCCACUGGUUAUUUUCUUGCAAUAAAAAGAAGAUGGAUUGACUUGGAUUCCAAUAGUAAAGGUGUUUUGUAGUGAUAGUCAUGUAUAUAACUUAUUGGCAUCAUGCACAGAGGAGAUUCUAUCACAUCCAAAAUGUGCUCCACCCAAGCCGAUGUCAAAAUCUUGACAGUGGAAAACCUAAGAAAGGAUUGCAGAAUUUCAAAUCUAUGCUUAUAUGCAAUGGAGUUGUAACCUUAUU